UCUUGCAUUGAUCAUUAACGUUUGACCAGGAGCAUCGCUUUAUGUAAAGUGUAUUUUUUAUUUGCAUACGCACGGCCCUACGAUGGUAUAGUGUGUACUGUUGUCGCAGUAAUUAUGAUCAGUGUCGAGCAUUGAUCAGUUUCUGCUAGUUUGACCAUCGCGGCUAUUUGGUACCAUCAAUUUUUUAUUGACAAUCUACGGAUUCAUUGUUGUUGCAACUUUCCAUCACAAAAUCAUCGCUGACUACGUACUACUACUGUUAUUACUAUCAUGUUAUUAAGACAUUUCACCGCCGCCAUACGAUGGCUAACGGGGACACCUUUAUUGCUACUCUUGACCUUUCUCUCCAUGACCACCGCCAAUACGACCGGCGGUGUCCAGAAGCAGACGCGACAGUAUGGCGGUUACGGGGGCGGCAGUUACGGGGGUUAUGGAGGAUACGGCGGUGGUCUAGGGAGUAGCCUGUACGGCGGACUGGGUGGAUUGGGAUUAGGCGGUCUGGGAUUGGGAUUAGGGGGUCUCGGGGGAAUCGGCGGGUUGAGCAGCUUGUACGGAUUGGGUGGACUGGGUGGAUUGGGCGGAUUGGGAUUAUACGGCGGUCUGGGUGGGCUUAGUUCGCUAAGCCUGCUGGGUGGCGGCUUAGGCGGCCUCGGUGGCCUGUAUGGCGGACUGGGAGGCUUCGGUGGGCUGGGAGGAUUAGGAGGAUACGGAGGGGGUUUCUAUGGCGGUGGAGGCUACGGAGGAGGAGGAGGAGGAUAUGGCGGCGGAGGAGGAGGAGGAUACAGCUCCGGUGGCGGAAAUUACGGAGGCGGUGGUGGAAAUUAUGGUCGAUAAUCGGAAAUGGACUGCUUGUUCAACCACAUGACAUUUGUUUACCGCCAGUAUCCUGUGUUGCUACCAUCUUCCCCGCAAUAAACGCCAGAUUCACUUGUAUGGUUAUGGACACCGUAUGUCAAAAAAGACAAUUUCUUGUUCGUAAUGAAAAUAUAUUACAUUUGUUUUCGAUAGCGAGAAAUUACGUACUGUUUUGUUUUUCUGACUCCUGAUAAUCGUCAAUGGGAUUAUUUAUUUGGUGAUUCAUCAUCAUCAAAUCUUAUUUCAGUUAGCUAAUUUCGGAUUUUUGUUUUCACAUAGAAGCUUGAUAGUGCUUACACUGCAAUAUACAGUAGUUAAUAUAGU